AGGACGACGAACACGCAGAUGAGAUUCUUGGGCUAUCCUCUACUCUUUUCACUGCUUCAGCAUAGGAAACAUUUUGUCCCUUUCGAACUUUCUCAACCCGUCUCUCUCACAGGGCACUUGGGAUCCCAAGCUGCAUGGGCGUCCCCAGAGUUGACACGCAGAGUUUCUCUAUCCCUUCAUUACACUCUGUCUGACUAUACCCUCCUGCACACUUCUCACAUUGUGGGAUCUCCCUUCUACACACUGCUGCAAUGUCCAAAUCCUUGACACCUACAGCACCAUAGCAUGUUCGGAACAUGGGCCCUCACAGAAUAUCAAAUGUAACCUAACCUGACCUUUAUCAGGUAGAAACUCUGUUUCCAAGCUCAACAAGACAGACAGGGUAUUCUCAGUCUCGCCAUAGCCACCGGGUCUACAACUCACCAAAAGGCGGGCGUCACAAACACUAAGAGUAUUCCUUUUCAUCUGAUCCACCUCUGCACUCAACGCCACCCUACUGGUCACUCCUUUGAGGGGUGUCCUGCUCCAGAGAGCAAAGCACAACACAAGUUGAAACGUGUGAUGCGCAGCGCCCCCUGCCUUUGGGCGGAGGAUGCACAAAAACUCUAUACAAUUCCACUUCUCAAAACUUUCACAGAUGUAACCGCUCCCAGUUUGUCCUUCACCCAACCUGACACAACGUACGGGUUGGCCAAAAAGCAGGAAUCCACUUUUUCCUACCGGUCCAAAAUCAUCUCUGAAUGUCUACCACACCUGUAGUCGCAGGUACUUCACCCUGGUCUGGCUCAACUUCAGAGCGCUACUUCACCCUGGUCUGGCUCAACUUCAGAGCGCUACAUCACCCUGGUCUGACUCAACUUCAGAGCGCUACAUCACCCUGGUCUGGCUCAACUUCAGAACGCUACUUCACCCUGGUCUGGCUCAACUUCAGAGCGCUACAUCACCCUGGUCUGACUCAACUUCAGAGCGCUACAUCACCCUGGUCUGGCUCAACUUCAGAGCGCUACAUCACCCUGGUCUGGCUCAACUUCAGAACGCUACUUCACCCUGGUCUGGCUCAACUUCAGAGCGCCUACUUCACCCUGGUCUGGCUCAACUUCAGAGCGCUACAUCACCCUGGUCUGGCUCAACUUCAGAGCGCUACAUCACCGCCUACUUCACCCUGGUCUGGCUCAACUUCAGAGCGCUACUUCAACCUGGUCUGGCUCAACUUCAGAGCGCUACAUCACCCUGGUCUGGCUCAACUUCAGAGCGCUACUUCACCCUGGUCUGGCUCAACUUCAGAACGCUACUUCACCCUGGUCUGGCUCAACUUCAGAACGCUCACUACUGCUGACUGACUCAUGGUUCUCAAAAGAACAAAUACAUUUAUAGGUGUGGAGAGGGGGCGUGGCCUGAAGCAGGAGAAGGUACCAGGGGAGGAGUGGAGCAGCUGUGGGGGUGUGGCCGGGGAAACAGCCUUCCAUGAUCUGGAGGAGGCUGAGGCCACCAGCCCUAGGAGAACCUCUGAGUCCACAGAGGUCGGAGGUCAGAAGCUGGACAGUCUGCUGAAAGAGGAGCCUCUCCACAACACUGAGUUACGGGAGAGAUGGGAGUUCUGCCUGGACGGGGCCGAUGGUUCGGACGUCUCGGGGCCCAGUAAGAGUUUCAGUGAGCAGGAGCUGCAGCAGUGCCAGGCUGACUGGGGGUCUGGUCUAGACCAAGGGCCUAAACCUCCGGGCACCGAGGGAGACGCAGGGGACCCCACCGACCCUCUCUACCGCCCUCGUUACAGCAUGAAGGAACUGGUGGGCGGCUUUGAGAAGUCUGGUUGCGAAGGUAGUGGUGGUGGCGGCCAUCUUGUAGACAUAGAAGGGCUGGAUAGGUUUCCUGGUUCUCCGUCUCGUCUGGGGGCACUGAGCUACGGAGCUGCGGGUCACUACCAAGUGAACUUGGGGGGGUCUGAGGGGGGAGACCACCAUCGCUCCCAGAUGCCUGACCCCCAUCAGAGCCAGAGGGAGCAGGUGGGAUCGCCAACGCCACCCCCCCACCCAGAGGUGGGAGAACGGAACUGCCUGUUGAUAAACGAGGAGGGGUACCUGCAGGACUCCAGUGUCUUGUACCCCGAACACGGUGUGCCGGAGUUGGGUAGCAGAGCCGGCCACAGGGGGCUAACCUCCAUCCACUCUGGAAGCUCAGCCCACAACAACACAGAGAGCCUGUAUGGUGCUGCUGGCAACUUUGGACACUCUUUAAACCUCAGCAAUCAUUCACAAGAGCAGGUAAAAGGAGGAGGAGGGGGGAGGUGUCACGCCUGCAAUCAAUGCACUAAGACCUUCCCAGACUCCGUUUCCCUCAAGGCCCACAAGCAGAAACACGAAAUGGGUAGAGGGUUGAGCACAGGGUCAGGGUCUGGACCUCCAUACUCGCGCACCCAGUGCGGUAAGAUCUUCACCCAGGCCUGCAACCUCAAGGUCCACCAGCGGGCCCACCAGGCCGAGGGACUCCACCUCUGUAGCCAAUGCAGCAAGGGCUUCACUUCCUUCUCUGACCUGAAGAGGCACAAGUGCAGCCAGACGACAGACAAGCCCUACUGCUGCUCCAUCUGUGGGAACAAGUUCAAUCGGCUCUGGAACCUCAAACUGCAUCAGCGCAUUCACACACAGGAGAAACCUCACCGCUGCACCAUGUGUGACAAGCGCUUCACACGGGCAGACAAUUUGAAGGUGCACCAGCGUAUCCACACUGGGGAGAGACCGUACUGCUGCGCUGUAUGUGGACUCCGCUUCAAACAACUGGACCAUCUGAAGUCGCACCAGCGCAAACACAGGCCGGAUCUCCUGAAAUGAAUUUGUUAAAAAAAUAUAUACAGUACCAGUCAAACGUUUGGACACACCUACUCAUUCAAGGGUUUUAUUUUUACUAUUUUCUACAUUGUAGAAUUAUA